CUUUAUUUAACUUUUUUUAACGGUAAAAACCAUAAUCCAAUUCUUAACAUCAAUUUAGGCUCAUUUUUUCUGUCAAUUCAAUGCAGAUUAUUCAUCAAAUCCAUAAGUAACAAUAAUAUCAAAUACAAAAUAUGAAAUGCUAUUUGAUUACAUUAAAAUACAUCACAUUUUUCCAGAAAUCACCCAUUAAGUAACAAAGUGGGGUGCUUACUGAUGGUGAGCAGAAAAUAUUAUCAGAUUUAUCCAUAUUAAAAAUGUGUCACUUGUCAAACUCAGUGUCUUUGAGACGACUGAGCCAAAAGUAAUGUUAAAUGAAUGCUGUGGAUGAUCAGGAUGGUUCCAAUGGCAUAAUAACUUGAGAUAUCACGAAAUAAGUUGCCAAAACGGGUCAAAAUGUCUCUGGAACACCCUUAAUGCAUAUUGUGAAAAUAAAUCUUAGUCAAUUGAUAUUAUGCUUCAAUUUCACUCACAAAACACUUAAACACUCUUCAUUUUUUCAUUUUUCUAAGUGAAAUUUGAAACCAUUUCUGCCCACAAGGUGUCUUUUUCACAUAUUAAGAAAAUCAUGUUUAUUUUUUCAGUGCAAACAUCAUAACCCUGUGUUAAAAACAGAUGACCAAUAAUAUCCAUUACAUUUAAUUUCUUCUGUCUUGAAGCAAAAAGACAUUAGAACUCUUUUUUUUCCUGAUGGGGCUGCUGCAUAUUUGUUUUAAUUGCUCUAGUUUCACUCAUAGCAGGUUCCGUUUAUAACUGCACUUUUCCGACAUACCUUUUUCUUUUUCAAAUGAUAAAUAAUACCUGUCAUCACAUCAGUCUGUGCGCUAAUUGUGGAUAAUCAUAAUCGUCUCCAUCGUUUCUCCAUUUCCCUAUGUGAGGUGACGCACGCGGCUGCAGGGGGGCUGGUAUUUUAUAAAGAAGCAAAACGCAGCAGCACAUAUCAGACACAACCUGUGCCCCCCUACCCUCUGCCGCGCGCUGCCAUGGAGGAUCUGACCCCGGAGGACGGCGGGGGUCCGUGCGUGAACGCCUCCAGCGCGCACUGGGCGCACCGCGUCUGGCUACCGGGGAUCGGCAUCGCCGCGGUCUACGGGAUCCUGAUUGUGGUGGGGGUCGUCGGGAACGUGACUUUGGUGAAGACCUGCCUGCUGGUGAAGUCCAUGCGCACCGUGCCAAACUUGUUCCUGUCCAGCCUCGCCGUGGGGGACGCGCUGCUGCUGCUCACCUGCGCGCCGGUGGACGCCAGCCGCUACCUGGUGGACGAGUGGCUGUUCGGGCGGGUUGGAUGCAAACUGAUCCCCUUCAUCCAGCUGACGUCUGUGGGAGUGUCCGUGUUCACCCUGACCGCUCUGUCUGCUGACCGGUACAAAGCCAUCGUGAGACCCCUGGACAUGCACAGACCCAGCGCCUCGCUCGGCGUCGGCGUGCGUGCGGCGGCCAUCUGGCUGCUCUCCGUGACCCUGGCCGUUCCAGAGGCCGUCUUUUCAGACCUGCACACCUUCACCACCAGCCACACCAACGAGACGUUCGUGACCUGCGCGCCUUACCCCCACGCCGGGGACCUGCACCCAAAGAUCCACUCCACCGCCUCCUUCCUCAUCUUCUACAUCAUCCCGCUCUUCAUCAUUUCGGUUUACUACUGCUUCAUUGCUCGCAGUCUGGUCAGGAGCUCUGCGGACCUCCCAGCCGAGGGACACCUGCAUGUGCAGAAACAGAUCAAAUCCAGGAAGCGUCUGGCCAAAACUGUGCUGGUGUUCGUUGGCCUCUUCGCAGUCUGCUGGCUCCCCAGCCACGCCAUCUACCUGUACCGCUCCUUCCACUACCACCAGGUGGACACGUCCCUGGGUCACUUCAUCGCCAGCGUCUGUGCUCGCAUCUUGGCCUUCGCCAACUCCUGCGUCAACCCCUUCGCCCUGUACUUGAUGAGCCAGAGCUUCAGCAAGCACUUCAGAAAGCAGCUGCUGUGCUGCAGCUCUCCCAAGCGACUGCGCAGCCAGAACAGUGCAAGCACAAACGUGACCACGGUGUGAGGAAAGCCCCCUUUGGUCUUCAGUUCAAAGGUGACCCUUCAGUUUGGGUGACCCUCCCAAAGCAGCGUGUUGUAAAUCCAUCUAAUCUGCUUUAAAAAGUUCAUUUUCUGUAAUAUUGCUUUUGUGGCAGUCAAAGUCUGAUUGAAAAUGACUAAACAGCCUCGAUGUAUUAACUGUUGAACCAGCUUGUCUCCUGUUAGACGGCCUGAACAGUGUUCUGCAAGCCUCGCUGUAAACUAUGUAAAGGUCAGGUUGACAGGAAAUUGGAGCUACACUUUUGUUCUGUCCAGUGAUGUUAUCAAACAGCACGUUUCAUUCAUUUAUAAUCAAUAUAUAAUAUUUAUCCAUGUGUCAGUUCUGUGUUUGAAAAGAUUUCACGUCUGCUGUACAUAAAAGCUGUAGAUGUUGUUAUUUUAGCUUUUAAUGUAAUUGAUUUCACAUUUUAAAAUAGGAUAUUAAUGUUAAAGGAAACAAGCUGUGAUUUAAAAAAAUAAAA